AUGAAGGCAAACGUAGCCUCCGUUUUUCGCACCCUCGUCUUCCUCCUUCUCUCUAUCGUCCUACAUGUUCAGGCUAGUGGACGCUCAAUGUCAUUGGCGAAAGCCCGCGGGUACUUCUGUCGCAAAUCGGGAUUCCUUAGAGCACCAGCUGUUCCCAGUGACGUUACAUGGGAUCAGUCAACUCCCCAAGAAGGUAAAAAAUUUAAUGGGCCGUACAACACAUUUGCAGGUGUCCUCCCCGACAACUCUAAUGAGACCGCUGAGCCCACAUCGCCGCAACCACAAGUCGACAUGAGCAAGCCGGAAAAGUUGUCGAAGUGCGACUUUAUGUGCCAAAGCAUGUUCCCGCCUAUGUCUCCAAUAGGCACUAAUACUCUCACCCGGGGCCCAGCGCGUUAUACGCUCAUGUGA